AUGCUUCAAUCCAAACAGCUAUGGCUAGAAGCUGAGGUAAGCAGGUACGUAGUCCCAGACCCCAGGCACGGGACAGGUGCGCCGGACUCAACGAUCGCUGUGCUGAACCAAGGCGGCAAGGCCAACGGCGGCGGCCCUGGUCUCAUCGUCUCCCCCAGCCGCGAGCUCGCCCAGUCCCGCAACUGGGCUCUCAACCCUGGGCCCAACUGGCACGACGGCACGUCGCAGCGCAAGUCGUAA